ACACAGCAGGAGUGCUCUCUGGCUCCCAGGCAGAGACAGAGUCAUAUGAUUGGAUUUAAUCAGAAGCCGCUGGUUUAUGUGUGAGGAGCUGACAUUGUGGCUGUGCUGCUAUAGAAUCUUCCCUGUCACCGCGAUAAUGAUGCAGAGGUUGGAGAAGACGGUGCUGGUUUUAUUCCUACUGCCGAUGGUGUAGAGAAGGUUUAACUGCUGUUGUGUUCGGAUCCAGACACAUACAGACAGAGCCCGUCUGUGCAGACCAUGGCAGAGCGAUGCUCCGGGAGCCCGGCCCCGGAAUGCGGUGCCCAGGCGGACUCUCACGACCCGGAAUCCCAGGAGCUAUCCCUGGAGCAAAUCCUUAAACUGUACAACCAGCCGCUGAAUGAGGAGCAGGCUUGGGCCGUGUGCUACCAAUGCUGCAGCACGCUCCAGCGCCAGCGGCGGCCCGGAGACACGCAGCUUUUCCCGGGCAGGCUGAGCGGAGCCAGGACUGUCAUUCUGCAACGAGACGGCAACAUCAGCAUCAGGAGCGAGGAAGCAGGUAAAGGUAAAGCAACCCAAUUUACAGAAGCAGAGGUGAUCGAAUCUGUGGGAAUUCUUGUUUACAAAGCCUUGGACUGGGGCCUGAAGGAUAAUGAAGAACGGGAACUCAGCCCACCAUUAGAACAGCUGAUUGGUCGAAUGACGAAUAUCCUGGAUGAGGCACUGGAGACCGAAGGAAACCUGGACGAAGGAUAUGAUGCUCAGGAUGAAGAGGAAGAGCAAAAAGAGAUUACCAACAUAAGAAAUUUUAAACACGUAAUGAUGCUGUGCGCUGCUCACUUGACGACCCCAUCGGAAGCUCCAAACCAUUACCAGGCAGUGUGCCGGGCCCUGUUUGCUGAAUCCAUGGAGUUACGCACCUUCUUGGCCAAAAUUAAAAGUGCGAAAGAGAAUCUGAAGAAACUGCUGGAUAAUAAGGGCGAAAGCAGUCAACCUAACAUGGAACUUAAUGAGCUCAAUAACUUUGACUGGAUGCGACUACCCUCCAAACCAUACAGCAAUCUUCCAAUCUUUUCGUUGGGACCUUCAGCUUUGCCAAAAGAGGGGAAGGUAUCGAAAUCUGAGAGGCUCUCAGGCAGCCGCCGUCGCCAUGAUGGUCAACACAAGUGUCUAGUUAAUGGUAAUGUCCCUCCGAAACUGAAGAAAAGUGCCCACGAAAUGAUCCUGGACUUUAUUCGCUCAAGGCCUCCAUUAAACCCUGCAUCUGCGCGGAAACUCAAGCCACAUCCACCACGUCCUCGGAGUCUUCAUGAAAGAAUAUUAGAAGAAAUCAAAUCUGAGCGAAAACUACGGCCAGUAUCACCCGAUAUGAUUAGGCGUAGCAAACACGAUGUGACGACCCCGGAAAGGAGCAAAAAGACUUCACCCCCUCCCGUUGCCAAUGGCGCAAUUAUGUCUCAAAUUACUGAGACUGAUGCCCAUACCUCACAAGUUCAAAGAAGAAAACUCCUGAAGGCACCUACGCUGGCAGAGAUAGACAGCUCCGACUCUGAGGAGGAGAAGAUUAAGAUGUUGAGGAGCAGUUCCAGUGGAUCAACAUUUAAAGUGGGAGACAGCUCCCCAGAGACUCCAAAUGGCAAAAAGACCCCUCCAAUGUUCCUGCCCAUCUCCUCAACUCCACAGCCUGAGCGAAGGAAGCAACCUCAGAGGCGACACUCCAUUGAGAAGGAAACGCCAACCAAUGUGCGUCAGUUUCUUCCGCCAUCCCGGCAGAGUUCCAAGUCUCUGGAGGAGUUCUGUUACCCUGUGGAGUGUCUGGCACUGACAGUGGAGGAAGUGAUGCAUAUCAGACAGGUCUUAGUGAAAGCAGAACUAGAAAAGUACCAGCAGUACAAGGAUGUCUACACUGCCCUGAAGAAAGGAAAGGUUUGUUUAGCCUUUUGA